AUGACUGCUAAAGAAUCAGCAUCAAUCGCUUUACGUGUUUUAGAAACUAUCUUUGCCAUUGUUGUAUUAGGUUUAGGAGCUGGAUUUUUAUCAAAUAUUGAUGAUAAUUAUGCAAGAGUUUCAUUAUCAGUUGGUACUUCAAGUUUAUCAUCAAUUUAUUUAUUAUAUGUUGAGUUAUGGGUUCCUGUUGUUUUCAGUGGUAAUUCACCUUCUGUUGUUUUAUUAAUUUGUGAAGUUGGGUUUUCAGUAUUAUAUUUAACUUCAUGGGCUGUUUUAGCGGCUAUUGUUCCAAGUAAUUGUACAGCUUUUGUUGAUGAAAUUGAUGCUUCAAAUGGUAAUGCAAAUUGUCAUAUUAUUCCAGCUUUAAUUACAUUUAAUAUUUUAGAUUUCUUGUUUUUUACAACUACAAUGAUUUUAUUUUUAGGUUAUUGUUAUAUUCCAGAAGUUGUUGAUCAAGGUUUCUUACACUCUUUUAGAUUUUCCCCUUUUGUUUGGGGUUGUAUCUUUUCUGAACCAGAUGGAAGACGUGGUAUAUUUGGAAAACAUCGUCAUACUGUUGCAACUAUUCAAACUAAUCCGCAGCAACCACAACAACAACCAGCACCUACUACUCAAAAUCAAGAAGAAAUUUUACCUGUUGAUGAAGAAGCUCAAAUUGGUGAUGAUGAAGAUGAACAAAAAUUUGUUGAUUCGGAAGAACCAGAACCUGUUAAUGAUAAAUAG